GCGCAGAGCCCCGAAAGCAUACAAUACAUGGACAUAUGCCCUACAAGCUCUCAACUAGCCAAAAUUAAUACAAAAAAAAAAGAAGUUGGGAACGUACUUAGUGUCAGCUUGGUACCUGAGGACGAUAUAUAUAAGAAGCGGAAGAAUUUGAUAGAUAAUCUGACGAAUAGUCCAGCGCUGUUAAACAAGAUUUUCAACUCCUUACCGACAGAACUUCAGAACGAGCUUGGGAGCUUGGCCACGGAGGGGACUGGGCGGGAGGAGGCUUAUUUGGACGAAAAAGCGGGGACGGUCUUAGAGGCACCCACGUACUAUCCUACGGCUGAGGAGUUUGAGGAUCCGAUAAAAUACUACGACAAAAUCGCCCCCGAGGCCUCAAAAUACGGCCUCUGCAAAAUAGUUCCCCCUGAAAACUUCAAACCAACAUGCACGAUGAGCGACACGAUCCGCUUCGCGGUCAUAUACCAGUACAUCUCCAAGAUGUUCAGCCGCUGGGGCCCCGUGUCCAGGGAGCUGGCUGCCAUCAAGGCGCACCUGCGGACCCAGAGCGUCGUGUUCGCGCGGUCUCCCCUCUUGGACGGCAGCGAAGUGAACCUCCCCAGGCUAUACCACGCCGUGGAACGCAACGGCGGUCUCAGCAACGUCAUACAACGCAAGCGGUGGGGCCGCGUCGCCGACGAGAUGAAGCUGACCAAGUUGCAGCACCCGGAGCGCAAGCUGGACCCCAUAUACAUGCGAUAUCUGCUGCCCUACGCCACGUUGUCCGAUCAGGAACGCCAAAGUAUAAUGGCGGAAGUGGAAAAAUGCUGGACCACCAAGUACCAGAAGAUGCUAGAACGGGCCCGCAAUCCCUUCCAGCGUCAGAACCGGAUGCUGGGCACCGAGUGCGAGUCGGAAUCUGACGACGAAGGAGAGGAUGGAAACACAGCUGGUGCGCUCCAAGAGGCAGAGGACUGCAUAGUGCAGGGGCGCACAAUGAACCUCGUCACAUUCAAAAAAAUCGCGACGUCGCUCAUGGACGCGCACUUCGACCCGUCCAAGCAGCCGCCGGGCGCCGUCGACGUCGAGAAGGCGUACUGGCGCGCCGUGCUGCUUGGCACCGAGCACAUCGUGGCCAACACGGCGUCCAUAGACACGGGAGAGGAGGGUUAUGGUUUCCCGAAGGACCCGCAGGCCGACUACGGCGCGCACCCCUGGAAUCUCAAGGUCCUGGCGCGGAACCCGAACAACGUGCUCCGCUACCUCGGCCCAGUGCUGGGCGUGACUGUGCCCACGCUCCACCUCAGCAUGCUGUUCAGCACCUCGUGCUGGCACCGCGACCCCCACGGCCUGCCCUGGACCGAGUACAUGCACAGCGGGGCCGAGAAGAUAUGGUGCGUGCACUUGUGUGUGUGUGUGUGUGUGUGUGUGUGUGUUUGUGUGCGUGUGUGUGUGUGUGCGUGCGUGCGUGCGUGCGUGCGUGCGUGCGCGUGGUAAUGUUUAUAGCAAAUAAAAUAUUCUUAUUCUGUAUCAACUAUAGUAGGUAGUGACUGCCAUAUAUACUUUGUAUCUUUAGGUAUUUAAAUAAAAGUAACCUAACUAUUCUAAUCAAAAUUAAUUUCAAUUGGAAGAAACGUAGGUAGGUUACAUAUUUUAAAAUAUUUGUAUGUAUUUAUUUAUAUAUGUAGUUAGGUAUGUCUUCUUCUUAUGGUGCCAUAUCCUAUCGGAUGUCGGCGAUCAUCAUGCGAAAGUUUUCUCUAAUCUUUGCCGUUCUAGAAAGAGUGGCGGCGUUCUUGGUACCGGUCCAAUCCCAAAUAUUUUUACUCCAUGUUGUUCUAGGUCUUCCCUUACCUCUUUUACCUUCUAUUUUACUUUCUAUAAUUUUUCUCAAUAUGUCAUAUUUACUAUUUAUUAAUGUGUAUGUUAGGUAUGUAUUAAUAUGUUUAUAAAUAUGUAGUUUUAUAUAUAUAUAUAUAUAUAUAUAUAUAUAUAUGCCUUUGCACUUAAUGCAUCGUGUAGUAUUUAGUUACGUUUGUAGGAUUAGUUACUUCUUUAGCCUUGCCGUCAUGUACAUAUUGUUUUAGUUUGACUACCAUUUCUUAUGUAUCUCUCUCACUUAAAGGUUAGCUGGAAGAGAUCCCUUAAAAGGAUAAGUUCGCCUUUGUACACAUUUACCGUAUUUUUUCUGAGUUAUGUACUUGUUUUGUGCAAUAAAGUGUUUACUACUACUACUACAAUGUCUAAAUUUUCGGGUAGUUAUAACAUUUAUUGGUUAACCAACCAAAUACAAAACCGCCUGGAUCUGUCACUGAACAAUCUGACUUUAACCUACAUUAUUUGAUCAUGUAAUGUUUUCAUAUACCCUCAACUUAAGGAGACAUUUGAGGGUAGAUUUUGUUUACUUAAAUACGUGGUUGUGCCCAGUAAGAUGGCGCCACUUUUUGAUAUUUAACAAAUUUAACACAUGAUUAAAAAAAAUAAGGAUCUAAGUCAAAUGGCGUUCUAAAGGUUUUAAUAAUGUGUCGAAUGAUCUCAGUAAAUUUACUGUGGCCACGAAGUUUUCUUUGACAAUCCACCUCUAUUUCAAUUUCUCUUUGGUAAAAUAGAUCACUGCAGAUCGACGUGGCACUCAAAAAGGACCAUAAUUCAGUAAUGAAUAACUUUUCGAUUACAAUUUUUCAAUUUUACAUUUAUACAGUAAAUAGGCCACAAGGGCACUUUUACACGUCAACAUGGAAUUUACAUACAAA